UGUCUUGCAGGCGUCGGAAGACAUACAGAGAACUCUGGAGACGCAUACUUUAGUUGAAGAAGGAGUGGACUUGUGAGCCGACCAAUCUGUGCGCGAUGGCCGUGCAGUGGUUAUUAAUAUGCUAUGUGCUGGUGACUCUGCUCGUUGUCGUCUCCUUCCUCUGCGGUCAAUGGCCCAUCUUUCAGGGCACCUUCAUCGAGCGCAUGCACUUCUUCCUUACUUUCGGCGCUUACGAUUACUUCCUCCGCUUCGUUGGGGCCGUUUUCGGUUCCAAGUGCUCGAAUGCUGUUCUUUCUGUGGAAUAUUAUUGUUGCGAUAGACCCAACCCUAUCUUGCAGAUUUUAUAUUUUGGGAUAAUCGGCAUAACGUAUUAUUUUAUUGUCAAAUCAUCCUUUGCCUAUAUUCCUGGCUACUAUUUAAGUGAAAUUCACAGGUACACGAGCUUGUUGGCAGUUGCUGUUGGAAUUCUGCUCUUUCUUUUGACCAGCUUUUCUGAUCCAGGAACAAUAAAUUCUGACAAUGUUUCUCAAUAUCUCUUUGCAUACCCCUAUGAUAACAUCAUCUAUGCUGAGAAAGAAUGUUCAACCUGUAAAAUUCAGAAACCAGCUAGGUCUAAGCACUGCAGCAUAUGUGACCGCUGUGUGGCACGCUUUGACCAUCAUUGUGGAUGGAUGAAUAAUUGCAUAGGGGAGAGAAACACCCGGUAUUUUAUGGCUUUUCUUUUAUGGCAUUUCCUUCUAUGCUUGUAUGGAACCGUUGCCAUUGGAUUGGUUUUAGUUGGAAGAAUAAAAGAAUUAAGAGUUUUAUAUAUUCUUACAGUAUACUAUGGAAUAGAAAAUUCUUUUCUGGGGUUAGCUCCGCAUAUUGCUCAGUGGUUGUUAGGAUCGCACCAUACGCUGAUCCUACUUGCGGUGUUCCUUGCAAUUGUUGGAAUGCUAUUGUCUGGAUUUUUUGGUUACCAUGCAAAGCUUUGCCUCAGCAAUACCACCACCAAUGAGACCUUCAAGUGGCAGGAGUACAUGAGCUGGCAGAGGAAGCUAAAUGAAGCAAAAGCCAGUGCUGCAGCCCUAAGAGCUAGUAUAAGUGGGAUGAGCGACAGGAAGCCCUUGCUGAGCAAAUGGAGAGCCUUCUUACGAAGGUCGCCAUUGGAGGACGUGGAAGUUGUCCAAAAUAAUGUUUAUGAUAAAGGAUUCAUUCACAAUGUUCUGGAGGUUGUAUACCCCCUUUCUUCAAGGCCAUCAUUUACACGAACCAAAUUGAAGCCGACCUGAGAGUGCUCCUUGACGCACUUGUCUUUCUGAACACUGGAAUUCCGGAGACGUGCAGGAGUCGGUAAAUAGUUGCAGCAUGAGAGGCUAAAUGACAAGAGAUAGUGAGAUACAAUAAUCCUAAAGCAACUUCUGAGAGGGGAAAAAUAAAAUGGUACAGAGCGCUAGAUUUGGGUGCUCAUAGAGUGGAUGUUGUGUGACUUCCGGAUACGUGUACGACUUUUAUAGUUCAACAUGAUUAAGGGCUAUUUUGGAUUGGAAAUAGAAAA